GAGAGACCCUGAUGUCAAAAUGAAACAAGCUUAAUCAAACGGUCGGGCCCUGAAACGGCCGAGUGGGUGGGCAACGAUGGCUUGUUUCAGCACCCGCUCCGCAAUCUAUCUCUCACUUACCCGCCCGGAGGGACUGGUCUGGUCUAUAUAUGGAGGGCUGGCCCAGCAGUGUCGGUUGAUUUUUCGUUUCGUUUGUUCUGCAACUGUGCCGGUCACAUUUUCAUUCUUUCCUUCAUUUUCAAAUUCAUAUUCGCUCUUUUUCACGAUGAAGUCCUCUCUUUCGCUUCUUGCGCUGCCUGCUUCCGCGCUGGCUGGAACCGUGCGGUGGAGCGGCAUCUUCAACUCCUCGGCCACUGUGGCUGAGUUGGACGAAUGGUCCUGGUCGAACCAGAUCGAGCCGUGGCAAUGGUACAUCCACGGCACCGCCAACACAUCCGAGUACCUGGGGCUGUCGAGCUCGUUCAAGAACCCGGCCGCCAGCGAUGCCCAGGGUCUGCGAACCACCAUUGACGGAACCUCCUUCUGGGAAGGCCAAACCAUGGAGCGCACGGAACUCAUCCCCCAAACCACCGCCGACCUGGGCUCCGGCCACCUUUACUACCACUUCUCCCUCUCGACCAAAACCACCAACCCGCCCAACGCCUCCUUCGAGCACCAAAUUGCCUUCUUCGAGAGUCACUUCACCGAGAUCCAGUACGGCCUGGUGGACGGCGCCUCGGGCACCUCGGACAACACCCUCCGCUGGAACGCUGCGGGAGACACCCAAUGGUCUGUGCAGCUGGAGGCCGGCAACUGGUACAACUUUGCGUAUGAUAUUGAUUUCAGUGCGAAGACGGUGGGUCUUUGGGCGUCGAAUGGGUCGGAGGCGUUGACGGAGGUUGUGAGCCCGGUUAGUGCGUCGGUGUCGUCGAACUCGGAGGAUUGGCACGUCGGUGUCCUCAGGUUGCCUGGCAGUGGGGCGAAUGAUGCUGCGGCGGAGGAUUGGUUCUGGAGUGGUGUUUAUGUCGAGGAGGGGGAGUUGACCACUAGCAUUGGGGAUGGGUCGUCGAGCUCGGAGAAUGAGACCACUACUGCUGCGGCUGCGGCUGCGACGACGAGUGCAGCGGCUGUUGAGACCACUGCUGCUGCGACGACUACCAGUGAAGCUGCCGCUGUCGAGACCACCACUGCUGCUGCUGCUGCUGCUGCUGCUGAGACGACCACCUCCGCCGUCCUCCCCACUCAAAUCGCUGUGUCUGCGUCCACUGCUGCUGCCGAGGCCGCCACUACCACCUCAUCCGUCUCCUCGGCCACGCAGGCUGCCACCUCGGCGGUGAUCGCCGUCGGAUCCAGCGUGCCGGCUGAGUCUGCGUCCUCGUCUGCGUCCUCGUCGGAGAUUCUUCCUGCUCCUUCCACUGCCGCGCAGGCACUGGCGGAGAUGGGAUCCGUGUUGAAGGCGCUGCUGUCGAAGUCGGGGGGUGCGCACGCUCGGGACUUUGCGGUGCGGCGAUGAUGUCUGACCGUCCGCUGAGGCAGGAGCUAUACCUCUCUCUGGAUUAAAGGGUGUCUUGACAUUCUUUUAGACAGAAGGGUCUCUGUUUGUAUUGUUGUGGUUGGGUUUGAUGAGGGGGAGGAGGAGUUGUGAGUAGUGAGUAGUGAAAGGUAGAAG